AUGCCGAGCGAACUCCUUCUCCUAACAGGUCUCAUAUACGAGAAUAACCAAAUUGGCGGCACCGAUCGGAGACGACGGAUAGUCCCGACUUUAGCGGUCAAUAUGCCUACUCCUCUCAAGCCAGUGGCGAACUACAUCCCACGACCCACACUCCAGCAACAGAUUCGAGACCAACUCCAUUCUGUUACGGACCACGAUAACGAUGAGAGUCGGAUAGUGAUCUUGGGCCAGAAUUAUGGCGUGGUGUUUUGGGUAGAGGCUGGGCAGAAAGAGACGAUUGAGAGAGAUUAUAUCCAGAUCUUUAAGCAACUAUUUCCAAAGCUGGCUAGGAGCAGCCGUUCCUCGAUCAACCCUGAGGAGGCGGUCCCUGCCGUGAAGAGCUGGUUUAAACAACAACACAGACGGUCCCUGUUGGUAGUUGAUAGUGCGGAUGCGGUCGAUGACGAGGAUGACCCAUCGUAUAUCCACUUGCACCACUAUCUCCCGGACGCGCCUAAAGUGGACAUCAUCAUCACAACGCGGAGCUCGCAAGCGUAG